UAUUUAAAUGUCAAAAAUUAAAAGUGUUGUUAAAAAUUCUUUGCUUACUUAAAUUUGAUAUUCUUCCUCUUUUUUUUGGAAAAAUGUCUGAUUUAACCGAUGAAGAAAUAUAUGCAGGCCUGCAAAAAUAUUUCGGAUAUACAAAAUUCAAAAAUGAGCUCCAAGAAAAAGCUGUCAAAUGCGCAAUUAACACGAAUCGCGAUAUUUACGUCUCUAUGCCGACGGGGUCUGGCAAAUCUCUGUGCUUUCAACUGCCAGGCCUUUUGGCUAAGAAGAUUACACUGGUUUUCUCUCCCCUGCUUGCUCUCAUCAAGGAUCAAAUCGAUCAUCUAGGAAAACUCAAAAUCUCAGCCGAAUCGAUUAAUUCAAAAAUGUCCACAAAAGACCGUGAUCGUGUUAUAAACGAUUUGAAAAGUAUCAACCCCGCCACACGAUUUUUGUACAUAACUCCCGAACAAGCUGCCACGGAAUCCUUCCAAUCGCUUCUCAGUCACUUAAUCAAGUAUGACAAACUAGCGUUUGUAGCCGUUGACGAGGCCCAUUGCGUUAGCCAGUGGGGCCAUGACUUCCGCCCUGACUACCUCAAGCUGGGUUUCUUGCGGCAGAAGUACUUGCACAUCCCCUGGAUCGCUCUGACGGCAACUGCUUCCAAACAUGUGGUCAAUGACAUCCUCACCCAGUUGAAAUUAAAGUGUCCUGUGACGACGUUUAAAACACCGUGCUUCAGAGUCAAUUUAUUCUACGACAUAGUUUUCAAGAACUCCAUCGAAGAUGACUUUGCCCAUUUGGCCAAAUUUGCUCUGCAUUGUCUGAGCGAUGAGGACAAGAGUUUGCCAGCCUCGAAACGAGGUUGUGGUAUCGUCUACUGCAGAACACGUGAGGCAGCCGAACGGGUGGCUCAUGGGAUAUCUAAACAAAAAGUAAAGGCCAUAGCGUACCAUGCCGGACUUAAAAGUUCCGAACGCUCCCAAACACAAGAAGAUUGGAUGUCUGGCAAAUACACUGUCAUUUGCGCCACUAACAGUUUUGGAAUGGGAGUCGACAAGUCGACAGUCCGAUUCGUCAUUCAUUGGGAUAUCCCGCAGAACGUGGCGGCCUACUACCAGGAAUCCGGUAGGGCUGGUCGAGAUGGAAAACAGUCAUAUUGUCGGUUGUACUAUGGUAAAGACGAUGUUAAGUCUAUAACGUUCCUUCUGCAGAAUGAUGUGAAUCGAAGCAAGAACGCCGAGAACGCGAAUGCACUUCGAGCUGUGAAAAACUUCGACGAAAUGGUCAAAUACUGCGAAUCUAUUCGAUGCAGACAUAAACUCUUCUCCGACUACUUCGGAGAUCCUCCUCCAAAAUGCACCAAUCAAUGUGACGUCUGCAAAAAUCCGAAAAACAUCGAAAAGGCUUUAGACACUUUCCAUAGACUCUCCAUGAACUCGGCAUUUAAAUCAGACAUAAGUUUGCGGGACACUACAGAUCUCUAUGAAGGUGGUCGUUCAGGUUUCAAUGGAGCAGGGGGUAGAAGCUUUGCGGAGGGCCACGAUAGUGAUGAGGGUGAAAGUAGAGAGGCCCUGAACAAAAAAGCCAAGAAGGAUGCGGAAGACUUCAUAAGAAAACAAUUUGAAAUCCGCAAAGCAAUCACCGCCGCCACAUUGUUGGAAAAUGAACCCGAUGCACAGAUGUCCCGAGUGAAGCAAGCGCAAGCUACGGAGACCAAAGUAGCUGGAUUGAAAAAUAGCUUGCGUGAGAACUACCUAACUACGUUGAUAGAUGUUCUAAAGGCUAAUGUUGAAAAGUGUGCCAUCGCUGAUGAACGACCCACGCAUGACCUGAAGUACAGGGAUUUCGAGGAAAUUGCAAAAGAAAUCGAGUAUCAGUGCUUCACUACCAACAAGGUUGUCAAUAUCUAUCGACACAGCGUGGCUAAAGAGAUGUCUGCGAUUCGAAAAUGCACUUUGGAACUCCGAAUUUUCCCUCCUAUGAAGGAUUACGUCCCAAAGAAAAUCAACAAACACGGCGGCUCCGUUGAGUAUUAUGAGCAAAAAUUGAAAGACUUACAAGACUCAGCGUCUGAUGAAGUUAAAAGAACAAUUGCUGCUUCUAAGUCGAAAUUGAAUAAGAAAUCCAGUUACAAAAAGGAUCCACACAAACAAACCGAAAUCAGUUCAUUUUUCGAAGACAAAUCAAAGAAAUCUCCAAGGGAUCAGGGUUCACAUCAUAUCAAAGAAAUAAAAGAAGAACAAGAAACUGAUGAUGAGGACGAAGACUUUAAAGAGGAGCUCAAUGCUACUUCUAGUUUUGUAAAAGCAUCAGCUCUUGUUAAAAAAGAGCUUGAGCAUUCAGAAGAAGAAGAGAUCGAUAAAACCACACAGCCAGCCUUUGUCAAGGCGUCAGUUCUGUUUAAGGCUCAGAAGAGAAUUUCGCAUAGCAAAAGCAAACACAAUGAAAACACUCUCAAAGACGAUUAUGUGAAACCUGAAAAGAAUGCAUUCAAGCCAAAGUUUUCAGAGUUCAUAACUAUUGAAAGUUCUCCAGAGCAUGAGAACAAUGUACAUGAACCUAAAACUUUGACUUCAAAAGCUAGCUCUUCAAUGGAAAAAGAACCACCAUCCACAAAACGCUUUCUAUCACCUAACGUGAACACUGAUGACGUUGAUGACGACGUCAAAAUUAAAAGACCAAAAGUAGAACACAGAUUAAGCUUGAGUGAAGAACUUACAAAAAUGUGCAAGGACAGCUCUUCCUUGAAAACAGAAAGACCUAGUACCAGCGGACGAGUUGAAAGUAAGGCGCCAUAUUCUGAUUAUUCAAAAAGUAACACCGAGAUGCAAACGAAAAAUGAUAGGAACGGUACACUUAAAAAGGAUUCAUCCACAACUCACAGAGAAAGGAAAGAAAGGGGUAACACUAGGGGACUAGUUGAAAAAAAGGUGCCACAUUCUGAAAAUGCGAAAAGUACCUCUGAGGUACCAACGAGAAAUGAUAAGAACGACACAAACAAGAGAGAUUCAACCGCGACUAAUAAAGAAAGAAAAAUCAGCCAGCAAAAGCAAGAUUUCGAAACAAUGAAAAAAUUCAAAGCAACCGUUGGUGAUCACGUUGUCAAGUGCUUAAAUCCCUACUAUAAGAUUAACAUUGCAAAUAAGGAGGUAUUCAAAGCAGUUGCUAAGAAAAUAUCUCAUUUGGUUUAUUCUAAACAAUUAGACAAAGAUAAAUGUAAAGACUUUGUGAGUGACAUAUUCAAGAAAACCAAAAUGAUUUCGAACGAUGCUGAUAUUGAAAAAUAUGUUGGUUGUUAAAUAUUUAAGUUAAUAUUGUGUAGUGUGUGUAUAAUUGACUAUUAUUUUUAUUUUGUAUAUUCUUUGAAUAUAAACUUCGAUUGAAUUUUUCAAUAUAUAUAUUUUGGUAACAUUGGAAAAAGAAAACUGUUAGAAAACAGACAAACUAUAAUAUUAAAAAAUACAUUAUUAUACCUAUGAAUAAA